AGAAUCUCCCACCUUCAUUUUCUGCUUUCUUACCCACUCUUAUCUCAUCACCUAUAUAUCUUCCCUUUUGCAAGGGAAACCCCUAUAUGCAGGAAAGAAAAUAGAGCCCGUAGCGUAGUACCAGAAAAGAAGAACCCUACUCAUGAUUCAAUAUUCACAUUUGGGAUGCUCCUUUUUGUAUCUCCUCACGUCCAUUAGCCUCUUCGGAAUAUCAGCCAUUGCAUGGAAUAAGGAAUCGACCCCGCCCCCGCUGCCUCUCCUCCCGCUCCCGACGUAUUCCCAGCUAAAAUGGCAGCAGAGGGAAAUCAUCAUGUUCCUCCAUUUCGGUGUCAACACCUUCACCGACUCCGAGUGGGGGACAGGCCAGGAGGACCCGAAGAUCUUCAGACCGACAAGUCUCAACGCAUCCCAGUGGGCUGCCACAGCCAAGGCUGCUGGGAUAUCACUCAUGAUCCUCACCGCAAAGCACCACGAUGGGUUCUGCCUCUGGCCAUCUAAGUACACGGACCACUCCGUGAGGAGCAGCCCUUGGAGGGGUGGUGGGGGUGAUGUGGUGAAGGAGUUUGUGGCCGCAGCAAGCUCUCGAGGGAUCGAUGCCGGGUUGUAUCUGUCGCCAUGGGACCGGCAUGAUCGGAGAUACGGUCGGGAUCUGGAGUACAAUGAGUACUACUUGGCCCAGUUGCAAGAGUUGCUUACCAAGUAUGGGGGAGUGAGGGAGAUAUGGUUCGAUGGGGCAAAGGGAGCGAAUGCGACGAACAUGACCUACUACUUCGAUGAAUGGUUUGCCAUGGUGAGGGAACUGCAGAGUUCCAUCAACAUAUUCUCCGAUGCAGGCCCCGACGUCCGGUGGAUCGGCAAUGAGAACGGCUUUGCUGGGAGCACCUGCUGGGCAACCAUCAACCGCACAUCUCUGUCUAUCGGAAAUGCCAGCAUAGUAGACUAUCUGAACACGGGGGAUCCGAGGGGCACCGAUUACUUGCCGGCAGAGUGCGACGUAUCGAUAAGGCCCGGCUGGUUCUGGCACAAGUCUCAGUCCCCGAAGAAGCUGACCCAACUCCUUGACAUAUACUAUAAGUCCGUCGGCAGGAAUUGCGUGCUCCUCCUUAACGUGCCCCCCAACACAACUGGCCUCAUUUCCCAGUCAGAUAUCCACGCAUUGACCCAACUCAGGUCCACGAUCGAUACCAUAUUCUCCGUCAACUUGGCGGCAGGCUGCUCCGUCAGGGCCAGCAGCCAGAGGGGGGUCGGUUUUGGGCCGGAGAACAUCUUGGACGGAGACCAUCUCUGGACAUACUGGGCCCCUAAGGAGGAUGUCAGAGGAUCAGGACAAAGGCGUAACCAGGACCAUUGCAUCGAGAUCAGGGCGGCUAGGGGAGGGCUGAGAUUCAACGUGGUGAGGAUCCAGGAGGCUGUGGGGCUAGGUCAGCGGAUCAAGCGGCACGAUGUGUACGUCGACGAGAAGCUGGUGGCUCGUGGGACGACGGUUGGGUACAAGCGGCUGCACAGGAUCGAGGCCGGGGAGGUGCAGGGGAGUGUGGUGAGGAUCAGAGUACUGGAUUCGAGGGCCGUGCCUCUGAUCUCUUCUGUGGGCCUGCAUUUCGAUCCUUUAUGGGCUGCCCAUAUUAAGAAUCAGUCGGUGACUUGAAUGUCAAAUGUCAACUUCGAUUGGUACACUUUGAAAUGUAUAUGAGAUUGAGAACGAACUUAUCUUGUCCAUUCCUCUUUGGUUUUGUUGUUUUGACGAUGAUAAUCACUGUAACGUACGACAUGUAUCGGGCCAGAUAGUGAAUGAUUGUAUUGUUGAAUUAUGAAAAAAUACAAUCACCACCAUAGUGAAUGUCCA